AUGGUGGUUCUUCAAGUGAAACGUGGGGAUGAGACCCUCUUCCUGUUCGAGACCAGUGUUAACGAAAAGUCAGACACCGUACUGCGGGAUCUGGUGGCCAUCUACAAUGGGCAGUUGAAGGUGCAGCGCGUCUGCAUGGAAAUCGAGGAGCUGGCCGAGCACGGCACCAUGCUUCCCAGCGAAAUGGUUGGUCUCAACGACGACCAGAUCGAGGAGCUCAAGCUGAAGGAUGUGUGGGCCGAUAAAUGCAUUCCUUCUGGUGGGUUCAGUUUCAACAAGGAUCCCCUCUCCCGCCGCAACGGCCAGCAGCCCACUGAGGCCAUGCGGAAGGUUCUGGCCAAUGCCAUGACCGACGCCAAGGCCAUGAUAGAUCGGAAACUGGCCAAAUCCUCGAAAGCUCUGACCCUUAAAAUAGUCGAGGAGGCCAUGAACCUCCUGAGGGGCGCUGUUACCAUCGUUUAUCCCAUGCAGUUGCCGCCCCAUGACACGAUUCGCAUGGAGUUUGCCAACAUGGAGGACCUAAGCGGCACCCAGGCCUCCAAGGAGGUCAUUGAGCCCUCGAAGGCCCAACUAUGGUUCGCCGGUAAGCAGAUCCUUAUGGGCAAAAUCCUGAAGGAUUACUUGGGCGGCAAUGACAAGACCAAGGUGGUGGUCAAGAUAAAUCAACUAGGCGAUGGACCUCCGGCAAGGGAGGCCGUAAUAUCGGAGCACAUACGCCGCCAGAUGAUGGCCGAUGCCUUCCGCCGCCAGGAGGAGCUAAAGUUGGUGUAA